UCGUUCCGCUUCCGCUGACGUCGGAGGUCAGAGGUUACAGACAAGAUGUCUGCUUAGGGUCGCUUUGAGCACUUGCGGAGAGGAGCACCUCUGGGACGGAAGCUUGUCGAUGGCGGCUUAUAGGAGUUAGGUCGAAGGAGCGAGGUUGAGGCGGUAGCCGGGAGGCCAGCCGGCUGCGGGACGUGACUUUUGGGGAACGCAGGGGAAUGGGGAGUAUGAAGUGCAUUGACCAGUAAUGCCCGGUACUCCCCAGGGAAGCCGGGAAGCCAAACUCCGCGGGACUGCUUCAUGCCGCCGUCUGGUUUAGAGCCCACCAGAAUGAACAGGAAGAAAGGAGACAAGGGCUUUGAAAGCCCAAGGCCAUAUAAAUUAACCCAUCAGGUCGUCUGCAUCAACAACAUAAAUUUCCAGAGAAAAUCGGUUGUGGGAUUUGUGGAACUGACCAUAUUUCCCACAGUUGCAAACUUGAAUAGAAUCAAGUUGAACAGCAAACAGUGUAGAAUAUACCGAGUAAGGAUCAAUGACUUAGAGGCUGCUUUUAUUUAUAAUGAUCCAACCUUGGAAGUUUGUCACAGUGAAUCAAAACAGAGAAACCUCAAUUAUUUUUCCAAUGCUUAUGCAGCUGCAGUUAGUGCUGUGGACCCUGACGCUGGAAAUGGAGAACUUUGCAUUAAGGUUCCAUCAGAGCUAUGGAAACACGUCGAUGAGUUAAAGGUCCUGAAGAUACACAUCAAUUUUUCUUUGGAUCAGCCCAAAGGAGGUCUUCAUUUUGUGGUACCCAGUGUAGAGGGAAGUAUGGCAGAGAGAGGUGCUCAUGUUUUCUCUUGUGGGUAUCAAAAUUCUACAAGAUUUUGGUUCCCUUGUGUUGAUUCAUACUCUGAAUUGUGUACAUGGAAAUUAGAAUUUACAGUAGAUGCUGCAAUGGUUGCUGUUUCUAAUGGAGAUUUGGUGGAGACAGUGUAUACCCAUGAUAUGAGGAAGAAAACUUUCCAUUAUAUGCUUACCAUUCCUACAGCAGCAUCAAAUAUCUCUUUGGCCAUUGGACCAUUUGAAAUACUUGUAGAUCCAUACAUGCAUGAGGUUACUCAUUUUUGUUUGCCCCAACUUCUUCCAUUGCUUAAACAUACCACAUCGUACCUUCAUGAAGUCUUUGAAUUUUAUGAAGAAAUUCUUACAUGUCGAUACCCAUAUUCCUGUUUUAAGACUGUAUUCAUUGAUGAGGCUUAUGUUGAAGUGGCUGCUUAUGCUUCCAUGAGCAUUUUUAGCACAAAUCUUUUACACAGUGCCAUGAUUAUAGAUGAGACACCUUUGACUAGAAGGUGUUUAGCCCAGUCCUUGGCCCAGCAGUUUUUUGGAUGUUUUAUAUCUAGAAUGUCUUGGUCUGAUGAAUGGGUGCUGAAGGGAAUUUCAGGCUAUAUCUAUGGACUUUGGAUGAAAAAAACUUUUGGUGUUAAUGAGUACCGCCAUUGGAUUAAAGAGGAGCUAGACAAAAUAGUGACAUAUGAACUGAAAACUGGUGGAGUUUUACUACAUCCCAUAUUCGGUGGAGGAAAAGAGAAGGAUAAUCCGGCUUCCCAUCUACACUUUUCAAUAAAGCAUCCACAUACACUGUCCUGGGAAUACUAUACUAUGUUUCAGUGUAAAGCUCACCUUGUGAUGAGAUUGAUUGAAAAUAGGAUCAGUAUGGAAUUUAUGCUACAAGUUUUCAAUAAACUGCUAAGUCUGGCUAGUACUGCUUCAUCUCAGAAGUUCCAGUCACAUAUGUGGAGUCAGAUGUUGGUUUCCACGUCUGGGUUUUUGAAAUCCAUUUCAAAUGUCUCUGGCAAAGAUAUUCAGCCAUUAAUAAAGCAGUGGGUAGAUCAGAGUGGAGUGGUAAAGUUUUAUGGAAGUUUUGCAUUUAAUAGAAAACGAAAUGUCUUGGAAUUGGAAAUAAAACAGGACUAUACAUCUCCUGGAACUCAGAAAUAUGUGGGACCACUUAAAGUGACAGUGCAGGAGUUAGAUGGAUCCUUCAAUCAUACAUUGCAAAUUGAAGAAAACAGCCUUAAACAUGAUAUACCCUGCCAUUCCAAAAGCAGAAGGAAUAAAAAGAAAAAAAUCCCACUGAUGAAUGGAGAAGAAGUUGACAUGGAUCUUUCUGCAAUGGAUGCCGAUUCCCCUUUGCUAUGGAUAAGGAUAGACCCAGAUAUGUCAGUACUGAGGAAGGUAGAAUUUGAGCAAGCUGAUUUCAUGUGGCAGUAUCAACUCCGCUAUGAGAGAGAUGUUGUUGCACAGCAGGAAUCCAUUUUGGCUUUGGAAAAGUUCCCUACUCCAGCAUCUCGGCUUGCACUCACUGAUAUAUUAGAACAAGAGCAGUGUUUCUAUAGAGUAAGAAUGUCAGCUUGCUUCUGUCUUGCAAAGAUUGCAAAUUCAAUGGUUAGCACAUGGACAGGACCACCAGCCAUGAAGUCACUCUUUACUAGGAUGUUUUGUUGUAAAAGUUGUCCAAACAUUGUGAAAACAAACAACUUUAUGAGCUUUCAAAGUUAUUUUCUGCAGAAGACUAUGCCUGUUGCGAUGGCUUUAUUAAGAGAUGUUCAUAAUCUUUGUCCUAAAGAAGUCUUAACGUUUAUUUUAGACUUAAUCAAGUACAAUGACAACAGGAAAAAUAAGUUUUCAGAUAACUAUUAUCGUGCAGAAAUGAUUGAUGCCCUGGCCAACUCUGUUACGCCUGCAGUCAGUGUGAAUAAUGAAGUUAGAACUUUAGAUAACUUAAAUCCUGACGUGCGACUCAUUCUUGAAGAAAUCACCAGAUUUUUGAAUAUGGAGAAACUUCUUCCAAGUUAUAGACAUACCAUCACUGUCAGUUGUUUGAGAGCAAUACGGGUACUUCAGAAGAACGGACAUGUGCCAAGUGAUCCAGCUCUCUUUAAAUCUUAUGCUGAAUAUGGCCACUUUGUGGACAUUAGGAUAGCGGCUUUGGAAGCAGUUGUUGAUUAUACUAAAGUGGACAGAAGUUAUGAAGAACUGCAAUGGCUACUUAAUAUGAUUCAGAAUGACCCUGUACCCUAUGUGAGGCAUAAGAUUCUAAAUAUGUUGACUAAGAACCCACCAUUUACUAAGAACAUGGAGUCUCCCUUGUGCAAUGAAGCCCUGGUUGAUCAACUUUGGAAACUUAUGAAUUCUGGUACUUCACAUGACUGGAGGUUACGGUGUGGUGCUGUGGACUUGUACUUCACACUCUUUGGCCUCAGUAGACCUUCCUGUUUACCCUUGCCAGAGCUUGGAUUGGUUCUUAAUCUAAAGGAAAAAAAAGCCGUCUUGAAUCCUACCAUAAUUCCAGAGGCAGUAGCAGGCAACCAGGAAGCUGCAAAUAAUCCGAGCAGUCACCCACAGCUAGUUGGAUUUCAGAACCCUGAAGAUGAUCACCUUGCCAAGGAAGCAUCAUGUAAUAUAUCAGCUCAUCAGCAGGGAGUGAAGAGGAAGUCUGAUACACCACUGGGGUCCCCACUAGAACCUGGUCAAAUACUGGAGAAGAAUGAGGAUAGCAGUAAAGUCAAACUCAAAAUCAGAUUUUCAAAUUCUCAAGAUGAGGAGGAGAUUGAUAUGGAUACCGUUCAUGACAGCCAGGCCUUCAUUUCCCAUCAUUUGAACAUGCUUGAAAGGCCGUCAACUCCAGGGCUCUCAAAGUAUCGGCCAGCUAGCUCCCGAUCUGCUUUAAUACCCCAGCACUCAGCAGGCUGUGACAGCACACCCACCACAAAACCCCAGUGGAGUUUGGAACUUGCACGAAAGGGAACAGGUAAGGAACAGUCACCUUUGGAGAUGAGUAUGCAUCCAGUGGCCAGCACUCCACUCUCAGUCUUCACCAAGGAAUCUACAUCCUCCAAACACAGUGACCACCAUCACCAUCAUCACCACGAGCACAAGAAAAAGAAGAAGAAGCACAAACACAAGCACAAACACAAGCAUAAGCAUGACAGUAAAGAAAAGGACAAGGAGCCUUUCACUUUCUCCAGCCCUGCCAGUGGCAGGUCUAUUCGUUCUCCUUCCCUUUCAGACUGAGAAAGGGACAAGGAGACCUUUCCUUCCAUGUCCAGAAGAAUGUAUGUCACUAAGGCUUUGUCUUCUGUGAAGAAUGAUAAAAGAGCUGGGGAAGGAUUUGCCUCUCCUACAGAAAUUCUGAAUCCAUUUAAGUUCUAAACAUUUGAUUUACAUUAUUUAUACAGUUGGGAUCUAAUUAGGAAAAUGUGUUUUAUAGUUCUGGAUAAACUGUUUCAUCCGCUGUUUCCUCCUCAGCACACACACACAGUGCAAACUCCUUUUCAUAAAAGCCCUCAUAUCCACUGGCAGUCCCAUUCACAUCAUGGUCUCCAUGUGUACUGCCAAAGUCAAUUAUGUUCGAAAGCCUUUGGUGGAUGUUAUGGGGCAAAGUUAUGUUUCACGCAGAAGCGACUGCCAAAUCUGUGGUGCAACCACUAUCUCCAGUGAAAUAUUAUAUAACACCAUUUGGAACUACUGAAAAGACAGGCUUUUCUACAGGACUCUUCCUUACUGCACCAUUUUUUUGUAUUAACCAUAGAAAUUAAGCAUCAGAAUUUAUGAACAAAGAAUGUGUUAUAUUUUCUUUUGCUCUAAAAUACUAAGAUUUGGGGAAGCAAUUCUUUUUUAAAAAAUAUUUGAAUAACUAUCUUUUGAUAACACAUUCAGUGUUUAUGAUGUUGGAAUUUAGCCAGAACUAUGAAAUCCAAAACUGUUUUCAAAUCAAGAUGUUUAAAUUUUAAGUUGUUUUGUUUUCCAGUAAGUAUAAGUGAAAAUGUUCAUAUGUAAAAUAUGUUUUGCUAAAUGUGGACAGUUUACACACCUAAUACAUACUGUUUCCAAAAUUAUUUCUGUAUAACACAAAAUAUGAUACCUUUAAAAAGGUGAGCUUAGCCAGGUAUGGUGGCUCAUGCCUGUAAUCCCAGCACUCUGGGAGGCCGAGGCGGGUAGAUCAUGAAGUCAAGAGUUCGAGACCAGCCUGGCCAACAUGGUGAAACCCAUCUCUACUAAGAAUACAAAAAUUAGCCAGGCCUGGUGGUGCAUGCCUGUAAUCCUAGCUACUCGGAGUCUGAGGCAGGAGAAUUACUUGAACCCAGUAGGCAGAGGUUGCAAUGAGCUGAGAUUGCACCACUCUGCUCCAGCCUGAGAACAGAGCAAGACUCCAUCUCUAAAGGAAAAAAAAGGUGAGCUUAUAUAUUGUUUAUUAACCUAGACAUAGACAAUUUGGCUCUUGUGAGUGUACCAGAAGCAUUUAAAAACACGUAUGAAAUGUUUUGAUUUCAUCAUUUGUAUGGUUGUGUAUUUUUAUUUUUAUUUCUGAAUUUUCCUUGUACUUUAAUAUUUAAGAAUUUUUUAUACCUUCAAUUUUUAUCAUUUCCCUUAUCAUUAGAAAGUUUGACAAAAUACUUGAAAGUUGGGCCUGUAAAUAUACUUUUAGUUGUGUUUAACUUGUUUAGUAAAGAACUUUUUAAGUUGA